AUGGAGAGUGAAUCAGAUUCAUUCCUGAGAAUCCUUCAAAAACGCCUUCGUAACCUCAAGAAAAAAGCCGAAAAAUUCGAGCAAAAGAAAAAGGACUCAGCUUCAUCUGGAAAAAAACUUUCCCCAGACGUUCUAAAACAGCAAUCUCAAGUGGAAAACUCAAUUCUUGAAGUUGAAAGAGCGAUGGCCAGUUUGCCUAGCGUCACACCUCCCACUACCAAGCCAGUGGAGCCAGAAAAACCUCAGGAAAUUGACUUGAGCCCAGAAGUUGUAAAUUUGUGGGCGGUCUGCGAAUUUUUGACACAUCCAGACAUCUACGCAAGCCUUGAUCCAGAAGAAAAAGAUAUGGCGGAAGGGCUGGAACGAAUCGCUAAAGAAGUUUCUGGGACUCCUGGAGCGAAGUUUGAAGAUAUUUUGAUAGCGACCAUUACACAUAUGGAAAAAUUAAGAUUAAGAUUAAGAUUACGAUAACUCUUGUAGACCCCCACUUAGCUUAGGAUCAAUCUAAACAAGCUCUUCCUUCAUGAAUUCCAUCCACUGGCUAACAGCUCUGAACAACGGUAGGUGGAAUCGGCCUAACCGUCGAACCGUUACAGUUGCCUAUGGCCGGGACGAGUCUCUCUUCAUGUCUUGAAUGCGAUUCAAGCACGCUUGGGGCUGCCGGAGCAGUCCCAAACGCUAAUUUCCUUCAGAAAGGUUGAACUUCCCUCACUAGGACAAGUAUAGGAGACGAGACCCCUAACUCAUACAUUCCAUUUUUAAUUGUGAUAUGGAAAAAUAUCUCACCCGAUCCCAGGCUUAUCUUGAAGGAUCCAAAAGCACCUACUUUAGUUUGAAUGAAUUCGUCAAUAAUAUCCUCAGGACCUUUAUAAACCACGUAAGACCAGAAACUCCUGUUCAAAAACCUGAGUUAACGCUGGAAACUGGGCCAGCUUGGAAUGGAAACUGGGAAGUCAAAGACGAAAAAGAUUGGGGAGAAGCUGCAGAAAUUAGAGAAGAGCCUGAAGAAAUUGUGGAAGAAAAGGUAGAGGAAGUGCAGGAAACAGUGGUUGAGGAAAAGAAAGAGGAAAUUGUGGAAGAACAUGUGGAAAUAAAAGAAGAAAAAUCGGAAGAAAUUGAAAAAAGCUAUGUGCCUGAGAGAGAAGAAGAAAAGAAAGUGGAGGAAGUCAAAAAAAAGCCCGGAAGUGAUCAAGACGAAUUUGUGGAAGUUAAAAGCAGAAAGAAGCAAAAUAAAGCUGAGAAAGUUGAAAAAAGCGAAAGAGGAGGCAAAGGGGAUAGAGGGGAAAAAAGAGGCCAAAGAAGAGGUCAAAGGUACAGACGCAAAGCAUAA